AUGUCAGGAACAGAAGCGAUACAACUUUUGAAUCAAUCUAGUGGAUAUGGAAUACUUGUUGGGGUUGGAGCUUUAUUUGCAAUUGGCAUGAUUUUAACCACAAAAUUGCUAGAGAAAUAUCUCCACGAAGAUGCAAAAUCAACAGAAGUCUUUAUGGUUGCUAACAGGUCCGUAGGCAUUCCUUUGUUAGCCAGUUCAGUUUAUCUGAGCUGGACUUGGGCAACUGAAUUAUUAUGGGUAUGUACCAUGGUGUACAAUUAUGGAAUUAUGGCAUCAUAUUGGUAUUCUGCUGGACUCGCAGUUCAAAUCUGUCUCAUGGCAUUGAUUGGUAUUGAGGCUAAGAAAAAGAUUCCCUCUUGUCAUACUUCUUUGGAAAUUGUUGAAUUAAGAUAUGGAAAGGCGUGUCAUUUAUUAUUUAUGUUCUUAUCGUUGACUAAUAAUUUAUUAUCAUGCUGCUCAAUGAUUGUGGGAGCUGCGGGGGCAAUCUCUAUUAUUGCUGGUAAUCUACAUAUAGUUGCCAGUACAAUGCUUAUUCCGUUUGGUGUAUUAUUGUAUACAACCGUUGGAGGUCUAAAGGCCACUUUUUUAACAGAUUUUGUUCAUUCGUUCAUAUUGUUAAUCAUCCUAUGCUAUGUUGAUACAGCUAUUAUUUCAUCAAAAGAAAUUGGGGGAUUAGAUGGACUUUAUGAUUUAGUAAUGAAACAUGAAUCGGAUAGAUAUAUUGAAGGUAAUUACAACGGAUCUUUUUUGACUGGAAAAUCUCAGGGUGCAAUAUUUUUUGGGAUUAUCCUAACCCUUGGGAAUUUUGGACUAACAGUGAUGGAUUCGUCAUUUUGGCAGAAAAGUUUUAGUGCUAAUACAAAAGCAAGUUUGCCAGGUUAUUUAAUCGCGGGAUUUUUUAUCGUCGCUAAUGUUUGGGGUUUAGGAUCAAUUGUAGGAUUAUCCAGUAUUGUAUUAGAAGGGACUCCUACUUUUCCUACGUAUCCUAGGAAAAUGACACCCUCAGAAGUUAGCAGUGGGUUUGUAUUACCCUAUACUGUAAAAGGAUUAUUAGGAAAUGGUGGAGUAGGUGCAAUUCUAUUAGUAAUAUACUUAGCAGUGACAUCUACCGUAAGUGCCCAAAUGAUAUCUGUUAGCAGUAUUUUGUCGUUUGAUAUUUACAAGAAAUAUAUUAAGCCUGAUGCUCAGAAUCAUCAAAUGAUCAAAGUUAGCCAUUUCGGGGUUAUAUUCUUUGGCUUAUUUGCUUCUGGAUUCUCAGUAAUGUUGCAUUAUGUUGGCGUUGAUAUGACAUGGCUAGGAUAUUUUUAUUCAAUGAUUAUUUGUCCUGGUACGUAG